CUAGAGUUACAAAAGAGUUUAAACCACUUUUUUUUCACAUAUGCAGCAACACUUCCCAAGACCUGUAAACAGACUCUGCUGUGUGAAAUCAUUGACGUUUUCCUUUAAGCAAGAUUCAAGUGUGUGCUAAUACAGAACUGAAUGGAAAUCAUAACUACUGCUUGGAAAGGUUAGAAAAAUAAGCACCCAAAAAAUCUUAAACAGCAUGUAUUUAAAAACAGUCAGCAAAAAUGUGAAGUGUACAGGAUGGGUAGCUAAUGAGAUACAAGUUGAAAAAAACACCAGUAUGGUCCUUUAAGUAAAGAGUAUGAAUUAUUAAUAUUUUAUGCAUUCACUCUACAUAGUUUAGGUUUCUCCCUUACUAACUUUUAUUCGUUUUAAAAACACUUGAUGGCUCAAUCAGGCUGCUGACCACCAAGAAUAACUGGGCUCACCGUGGGACUGGCCUGGACCAGCCACAGAUUCCCACGACCCCUCCUCUACACACACACACACACACACACAGAGAGAGAGAUCCAAACACGGGCUGCAUAGGCGCACAGGCAGUGAGGAGAGAGAUAGAGAGAGAGGCAGAGCAGCUUUGCACCACUUUUAGCAGGACUGUUAUUUACUAUAAAAGCUUGAUUUCAGGCUCAGCAGUACCCGCUGUUGCGUUGGUUCUCACACUGAAGCCAGGGAUGGAAAAAACCGUCUUAUUCUGAGGAGGAAUCGGGGUGAAAAGUGUGGAUUUACCCGCGAAUCAAAGUGUGUGUUUGUGUGUGUGUCUGUGUGUGGGGGGGGAUACAUGGAGGAGUGGGAGGAAUAACGCAACUCAGGGGUAUUUGUUUUGAUAAUGCCGAGGAGCCAGUUUCUGCUUCGGAUUCACGUCCAAAACAAGUCUGAAGCCAGAGGAUGACAGCAGCCAGUCCAGUCUGCAGCCCCGCCUCCUCCCGCUCCACCCAGUCCUCACCAGUUUGCCUCCCAGCAUGCCACAGACACCUGAGGAAAGGCAAAGCCCUCCGGACCAAACUGCACCUGCGCUCAGCCCCGGGCGUGUGGCUCCUGCUGGGCGUGGUGGUGGUCCUGGUGGGGAUGAGCGUGGCCGUGGCGGGCUACGUGUCCGCUGAGCCAAAGCCCACGGGCGGCCGUGGCAGCACCCACGCCGAGAGGAUGAAACUGACGGGGCCCGUAGUCAUGGGGGUGGGCCUGUUCAUCUUCAUCUGCGCCGCCACGCUGCUGUACGAGAACCGGGACCGCGAGGACCUCAGGCACGUGACCCCUGACGACCUGGAGGAUCUGCAGGGGGGGAACUGCUGGGAGGAUUCGCAGGAGCAGGCCAGCUUCGGCUGCCAGGAGCAGUGGGAGUGUAAGGAGGGAGAGCGGGGAUCCUGGGCCUCCCCGGCCCACGUGCUCCCCCUCUCCAACCAGAACUGGGGGCCUCCUCUUCCUCCCUCUCUGCUUCACACGAGCAGACGCAACAACAGCUACAAACCAUCACCUCUUCCUCCUCCUGCUCCGGAUGCAGGAGGAGGAGGAGGAGGAGGGGAUAAAGAGGACAGAAAGAAGGAGGAGGAGAAGGAAGGGAGGUCGACCCUGCUGGCCCGAGUCCUGCACCACCAGGAGCCCAUUCCUCACCCUCCCUCCCCCUGCCUGUCCAUCUCUCACUCCUCCAUCUACUCAGACUCCUGCAAUUCUAGUGAGAUCCACUUCAAUAUACGGACAGACUCUCCUCUGCCUCCUCAACACUGAGCCUCCCCCCUCUCUCCACUGCCUCCCCCACCUACUGGUUCAACUUCUACUGUCUCAUAAAAUAUGCAUGAUGAGAUACAUUUUAAAGUUUCACGUGCAGACACGCAGUAAAGACAAGACUAUGCAUUCCUCAAUAAACAGAUGAAAUGUUUGUUGGUAUGUUUUAGUGCCUCCGAGUGGCGCAGAGGCUCUGAGUCACUGUCUGUGAAGGGUGUUUUUUGUCCUACAUCGUUCUCUGACUCACCCACAUUUGAAAGAUUGGGAGCUAUGCUGUUUGAUGUCAACUCGCCAUCUUGUUGUCUUUGAACUCACCCAUGCCCAAAAAAUCCCUUAAAGCCGCUGCUUGUUUGACCAUAUUUGGACGUGAGGAGGAUUGCUGAAAAGUUAUUUGGGUGCCAUACUCAAGUCUUGGCUUUCUCCUCUCUCUCUCUCUCUCUCUCUCUCUCUUUCACACACACACACACACACACACACACACACACACACAUCCCUGCAGAGGAACAGCAUCUACAUUUCCUUUCAGUUUGGGUUAAGAGGAUGAGCCAGAUUAGGUCCCAUAUGAGUCUUUAUCUAAUCUCACAUACACUGUAAUCUGCUCUUUAUCUGAGGAAAUUGUGUGCCUGUAUAAACAAGAGAGGCACAGGAGGCCACACUCCUCUCAUUCGACACCUACAGCCACGCUAUAAAUACCAGCUGGUGCUUUGUACACAAGUGUGGACUCGAGUUCUAGUUUUUUUUUUUUUUCCCUACUGUAAUUCAACUUUUUUUUUUUUUUUUUAAAUCACAGUGUCAGCUGCUCAGUUUUCUCCCUUUUCUCAAGUGUGGUGAGGCGAGAUCUUUAAGAAUUUGGAUGGAAAGAAAAGAGCAAUGACUUAAAAAAAAAGAAAAAAAAGAAGCAAAAUCUGUUGAGGCUGGUAUGAGUUAUUCCUGACGCAGCCUAACUGAGAAAAACAGUCCUGUGAGUCGAGUAACUGAAGCCUCGCUCUCCCACCAUCCCGACCUUUUUCAUCUCCUCUCUCUUCAUCAUCAUCAGAUUCCCACGCUUUAUUCAAAUCCUCCUUGGCUUCUUGUGAAAACAGCAAAAUGGGGCAAAACAAUGCAGAGAGAGAGAGAAGAAAGCUAUCAGGUACAAUUAAGCCAAAGAGAGUGUGUUUGAACCAGUCGGGGGAGAGGCACGGGGGUAGGAUUUUAAUUAUCGCCAGCAUUUUCUCCUGCAGCCUCUAAUUACACAGGGGAUCAGUCUGAGGGUUUUUAUAGGUGCUUCAGGACUGCAGAGUAUUUCCUUGUUGUUCGGGCCCAUGCUGGGAUCCUGCCAUCCAGAUGACGACUGAGACUGAAGUGUACAGUAAUUUUUUGCAGCCACACAUUUCACUCACUAAAAACAGCACCCAUCUCCCUCACAUACACACACACACACACACACACACACACUCAGUGGAAGGUUUUUGUGUAGGUACAGCUUGCUGUUUUAAGAUGUAUAUUUCAGUAGCAGGGAUGAGUUGGGGAGAUGUGUCUGAAUCUUGACUGAAUCUCACAACAAGCUGCAAGCAGCCUCCUUCGCACUCGUGGCUCAGAAAAGCAGCUCUCUCUCUCUCUCUCUCUCUCUCUCUCUCCUUCCUCACUCUCACACAUACACGAGUCCCUAUCACUGUGAGAUGCUGUGAUGUGUUUACAUUAGAUGACGGAGCAUAGAGCUGCAGCUGACAGUUACUUUCACUAGUGAUUAAUCAGAUUCUUUUCUUGAUUGUUGUCAAACCUUUUUGUCUAGACUCAGUUACCAGUUUAUUAAGGGUCACCUGAUAGCUAAAACGAAUGCUGUCUAACACAACAGUCCGGCAGUAAAUCCUGCCACCGUGAAGUUAAAGAGGUUUUGACUGGAGGCUGCGGUUUGUGCUACACUGGCAACUGUUUCUAUUCAUUUAUCCACCCCAUUUAAAUGAAUAAGGGUUGCUGAAACAACAGUAACACCUCUUUGUAUGAUGCAUUAAGUUUAACAGCACUGCAUCCUCCGAUAAAUGCUGUCAGGAAAUAGUGAAAAUGGUGCAUCCCUCCUAUCAGACAUCUUCAAAUGUCUUGUCCUGUCCUAACAACAGUCUUAAAGAUUUAAUGUUUACAAUCAUAUAAGACUAAGAAAAGCAACAAAUCCCUACAUUUUUAGAUUAUGAAAAUUGUUGCAGAUCAACUGAGCCAAUAGCAGGAAUAAUUUUGCUUUUCUAGAUCUCUGGAGUUAGAUUUACCAGUCAGGAAUGAUGUUAUAAUAUGCAGAUGUGAAAUCUGUUUAAAUCUGACACUAAAAUGAUAGAGGGAAUUUCAGUGUCUUUACACACCUGCACACAUCACUGCAGCAGCAGAGAGUCCAAGAAAUCUUUGAGGUUACUCGUGUGUACGACGAGUGUGUAUAGCAGCGUUACAUAAUUCAGCAACACACGUUUUAUGCCGCAUUAAGAAUGUAACUGAAUCGAAUCCCCUCCUCUAAGACAGCACUGUGUGUGUGUGUGUGUGUGAGUGUGUGUGUGCAUUGAUACAUAUCUGAGCAGACGGGAGGGAAGCUGUAAGCUGCUUAACCCUGCGCUGACUCAGGACUCAGGACACAUGCAAUUUCUCUGUUCCUUAAGAGAGAGAGGAGCUAUGAUCAACAUUUUUCGGUAUAAAAAGAUGAGAGCGACUGAAGAUCAACCAGCCUGAAGACGAUAGUUUGAAAAAAGUGUGUGUGUGUGUGUGUUUUCACCUGUUACAGCAGGAAAAGGGAUUGAGUUAAGAAGUCUUCAUGAGCAGAUGGAUGGAAAAAUAUUUUCCAUCACUGAGGAAGAGUUUUAAACUUUGUAUACAUCUGUCAUUCAGUAAUCUUUUAGAAACAGAGACAAGUUACCAGCUUCUUUUUUACUUCUCUUCUCUCAAAGCAGCUAAUAAACCAAAUGAUAUUUUCUGACAUUUAAGGAGACAUAAAAUCCUUCCUGGUUGCCAAACUCCACAUCCCACCCCUCUUGUAAUUUGCAGCUAACCCCACCCCCCCAGCCGAUGAGCAGGUGUGAUUGGUGCAAGACAGACAGGUGUAUUCCUGACUAAUCCAAUUUCAGCCCCCGCUUCCGGUCUCGUCAGCAGUCCUCAUGGUGCAGUCAAUGGAAGAAGUAUCGUGCUGAAAAUGAGAGGACUAUUAUUCUGUGUUUUUGCCAUCAUGAUGCUCGCACCUGCUCAAGGUAAGAUGGCGUAGUACCAGGGUUACAGUAGGUUUGCAGUAGAUCCAAUAGUAUAUCCUGUUCUAAAGAAUCACUGCUAAUAGAACUUGUUCAUUUUACACCUCAAAGUCCAACAACAACUAAUACAACUGAGCAGAAAAACUUAACUUCUGAUAGUUAUUUGUGUCAAAUUCAAGCAUUAAUAGUCUACUGGAUUCGUGAAAAAUCAACUGUUCCCAUUUUAUAAACUGUUCAUGGUCAUGUUCUGUUACUUUUCUUUUUCUCAUAUAUAUAUAUGAGAAAAAAGGAUUUGACUGAAAGGUGACAUGAAACUCUGUAUAUUAUUUCAUAUACUUAGUGCCAGUUUAUUAGGUACACCUAAAUAAAUUCAGUGCUAUCUAAUAAAUAAAUAAAAUAGUGAAAAUUUUGUAUCUGGCUAUAUAAAAAAGAAAAAGCAGCAAAUCUCUAUAUUUGAGAAUUUGUAACCAUCAAAUUGAUUAAUUGUUUCAGUUAUAUAAUAAAGGUUAUAAUGUUUCUGACUAAAGUGCUUUAAAAGAGGUGCUGUUUUAUGGUCACUUUGGGGGCUGUCCCUCACUGAUAUAAAUGGGGUGCACAAGAUAAAAGAGAGGCAAUUAUAACCUUCAUUAAAACAGAAUUUAUUGCAGGGCUGCAUUCAACUCCAUCAGACAGGGUGCACCUAAUAAACUGAUGACUCAUUGUAGAUUCAGGUUAAAAUAAUAAAUGCUCCAGGUUAGAGGCACUGGACAGUAAGUUUGUUGUUCAGUCACAAUGAGCCCCACUUCACUACUCCUUUGUCUGUUUGUUCACCUGAGCUAGCACUAGCUAACAAGAUGAGAGGGGAUAAGGAUUGUGGGUCUCACUGAAACACAUCUUAUGGCCCUGAUGAAGAGAUUAGUCUUUUUCUGAGCAGCAGCCUAUGGCAGCACUCAAGCCAGCCACUUGGAAAUAGGAUGUAUUCUGACAAUGAACCCAUAGAAGAGGUGACAUCCAGAGCUACUUAGAUACUAAUAAGUUGUUGUGUCCAAAUAGGCUUUCUUCAGAACUGUUUGAAUAUUAAGUGUCUCAGUUUAACUGAGUUAGAAAUGAGGACUUAAACUGUAAAGAGAUUUUCAGCGGUGUGUGAUGAACAGUUUCUGCCUGUUUCACACUUUACUUCCUAAAUCACUCUAUUUAGGAAGAAGCCGUAUUGCAUUUCGAGAGCUAACGUGUGACACCAGCUGUAUCAUUUCGAGGGAUUGUGCUGUACAGUGCAUUAGGAAUAACCUCACUCCUCCGCUACGUUCCGCCGCCAACAUUUUCUAUUAAUUCCAGUAUCUGUCUGGUUAAUAAAAAACAUGAUGCUGCCCUAAGACUUGGAGCCCUCUCAGAAUAACACAAGUCAUCCACUCAAAGAAACAAAUUCCAGACUGCUGCAGAAUAAACAAAAUAUUUCUGAGAUGCUCGGUUGCUCGGCAGAAUGUGGCUCAUCGGUUUGGCUUGAUGUCCUCCAGCAGCGCUCCAACGCUUCUCACAUUCAGCAACACCUGAAUAAUAAAUGUGUCCAACAAGCUGUUACAUAAACGCCUCAGAAUCUGAAUAAUCCAAAACAUUUUAUUCAUUAAUCCGACAUUGACUGCACACUGGUCAUGUUGUCAUGUGUUUGGUUUUAUCUACAACUUGUUAUCCUGCUGUCUUCCCUGCAGAAGUUGUUGGGUUAAAUAGUGAAUAAAUUAAAUAAAUGCAUAUGAUUUGUAUCAGUCA